AUGAGACUGAAGAAUAGCAUCCCUGAGAACAAGAAAACCACUUCUUCAACAACUCAAAAGUUAGGAGCAACACCGGAAGUUGCUUCUUCUAGUCUUGCUGAAGGUGAAUUCCUGAUUUACCCUACAAAAAUAAUUCAGAUGAAGAAUUCAGAGAACUCAAAUACACUUUUGAAGAAUUCAGAUGAACUGGAAGGUGCAUCGGCUGUCAACACGGAUGAUUCGGAAAUUGAAUUCGACUACAAAAAGAUUGAAGAAAGGAAAAAUGCGUUUGAAGCGGAAAUGGAAGCAGAGAAUGCAAUUCAUCGGGCAGACAUGGAAACAAUCCGGCGGAACAGAGAACUUUUAGAUGAAGAAAAUAGUAUCCGGAUGAAUCCAAGUGAACCUAGAAUUGUUGAAGUGGAGGGGAUCAUUCAAGAGAACCAAAAUAUUUUGUUUACUCGGAGGGAUGCUGAAGAGGACAAUUUGAGCAUAUCAUCUUCACUACUAAUGAACAUAAAUAAUGAAUUCAAAACAGUAUUUGUGGAGGACGACGCUGUAAUCCGAUUGGGAGCCCAAAGAAAACCGCUGAUCAGGAACAAAUUGAAGAAUUCGAAGCACAUCUUCAGUGAGAUAUCAUUUUUUAAAAAUAUGAACCGAACUUCACAGUUUCAGAAAGAUUGUCGCAGAAGAUUGAGGAAGAUGGGUAGUCGACUAUCCGUAUAUUAUGGAACCGAUGUUCCCGAUUUUACGGAUGACAUAGUUUAUUUCAAAUGUCCAAACAUUUCUGGCGUUGAUGAAGAAGAUCGCAAUAAUUUCUAUAACGAACUUUGUGAAUCUGUAAAUGCCACACGGGAUGACUUUGAGAAAGACGUUCAGUUAAUCGAAAGAAAGUUGUUCUCCUGUUUACAUGCUCUGUCACAUAUGUCAUUCGAGUACAAAAGCCUAAUUGAAAUUAUUCAGAAAGAGUCAUUAAAAAUACUCAACUCAGGAAACGUGGUACCAGAUUGGAAGACGACAUUUAUGAAGACAGUUUUGAACAAUUUAAAACAAAUGAAUUUGACAGCUAACGUAACGGGAAACCGUGGCAAAUCAGAAGAACAGCACAUAGAGACAAAACAAAAUCCAGGAGUCGGCCAAGAGGGUAGUGAUGAACAGGAUUCAGGGUACCAUGUUUAUGUAGACGGUAAAACUGGAACUGAACGAGUGGAAGUUGCUGAAGAAAACAAGACGCUCGUGGAAGUUAUUUCGAAUGGAAGGAUUGAGUUAGAUCAGAGUGAGACAGAGAAUCAGAAGGACAACGAGAUAGACGAUGAAGAAGAAAAAAUCGGAACUGAAAAUGUGGAAGAGGAAAAGGCAGAAGAAAACAAAACCACGAUAGUUGAUCAAGAAAAUGGUCCCAUUGAAAUGGGCGUCGAAUUGACUGAAGAAUCAAACAUUGAGCCAGAGAAGUCGAACAAAAAAGAAAAGACUGAUACAAGAAUGGAUGACGUAGAGGCCGACGAAGAAAAUGUUGAUCCUCAUCUCGCCCAUUCAGAUCAACAAGAACCAGAAGAAUUUGAAGAGUUUAACAAGUUGCUAGCUUCAAAGAUAGAGAAGGGAAAGGUUGAAGAAGAAUUGAAACAAAAAGAAACCCAGAGUGAAAUCAACGAUCGCAUGGAGAUGCUGAAAUCUGAAAAUGACAAAAUCUUGAUUGCUAAAGAAGAGUACGAGAAAGCCAUGAAAGAUUUUCAGGCACUCGUGGAAAAAAGAAACAAUGAAUUUCUCGAAGCUGAAAAAGCGAAACAGGAAAUUCAUGAGGAAGAAAUGAAACGAAUUAGACAAACAAGGAAGGAAUUCGAGGUAAAUUUCAUGGGAUUUUUCAAGUUGACCAUAUUAUGGUUCGAUUUUCAGGAGGAAACGGAAAGAAUUCGAUUGAAAGACUUGCGGGAAAUUCGUGCCAUGAUGUUUGCAUUUUCAGAAUGUAUCAGAUUAAAAUUGAAUUGGGAAAUCAAAGAAGACGAGUGGGGCAGCUUAUUGAAACGGCUCAAGGCGUCUGUAUCAAGAACGAAAAACCAAUUUAUCAGGUUUUUGGAUUCAAUGAAAUCGCUUGGGGAUUUCGAUGCAGAAGAUACUAAAAAAGAGGAACUCAGCAAUCUUCACAGUCAAACUUUUUCAACUUACGAUACCCUUUACGAAGCUUAUCUAUUCAUCAAAAUGCUUUCGACUGAGUUUCAAGAUCGUAAAUUUUUAGUCGUUCUACAGAAGAGGUUAUCAGAUGUUUGUCAGUGUAUUUUAUCAGCUUUACUGGAGAUUGAUAAUGCUAUGACCAAUCAAAACUAUCUGGAGUCACUGAAAGAAAAGUUCUCAAAGUUUGAUUCAUCCGAUAUAUUCUAUACAUCGAAAUUGAGAGAGAUGGAAAAGAAUUUCGUUGAGGAGACUUAUCAAAACAUUGUAGACCCAGAAAAAUAUAUUCCGAAAAGUGAAGUUGUCAUCGAUCAAAUGUCCGAUUCAAAUGAAGCUCAACCUGGGAACGUGGAGGAAGCUCCGGAUCACCCAAAUCAUGAAAUUGGAGAAGGCAAACGGCAAACACCCGAAGACCUUGACACAGAAAACACCCAACCAUGUUAUUGA